GGUCAAAGGAAAAAACAGGAAUUCUAACUGAUUGAUUAGCUGAGUCAAUAUUUGGGAUAAGUUAGUUAACAACCAGUAGAAAGAAUUGGAAUUUAGCAGAGGGACAAGGAGACGUUCAGAGGAACUAAGGAGCUUCAUCACAAGGCUGAUUCUGUUUUCUGACCUUGCUUUCUCUUACCCAGACAGACCUGAAAAUGCUGGGAUGUUAUUGGUGUUUGGCACCACUGAUGCUGGUCUGCUACAUCUUUAGUGUUGAGAGCUCAGUCUUUAUCCAGAAGAAUGAAGCAACAAGGGUGCUGAAAAUUCAGAAACGUUCAAACUGGCUCUGGGAAGAGCUUAAGCCGGGAUCUCUGGAGAGAGAAUGCUAUGAGGAAUCAUGUUCAUUUGAGGAAGCACAAGAAAUUUAUAAAUCCAGAGAGAGAACUAUGGAGUUUUGGUUUCGCUACAAAAAUUUUGAUCCUUGUCAAUCAAAUCCAUGCCAAAAUGGCGGUUUGUGCAGGCUUGACAGCUACCGAUAUAUCUGUCUCUGCCACCCCUUGUGGAAAGGAGCCACUUGUGAAAUAGGGAACUUGGAUUGUGAAUAUAAGAAUGGCUACUGUCAGCAAUACUGUAGCAUCAGCAGGAGAACACAAAUGCCAGAGUGCUCCUGCGGAGAAGGUUAUCGACUAAAUGAAGAUCAACAGACCUGUUCCAUAAUCGAGCCAUACCCAUGCGGGAGAAUGCCACUGUAUGGAUUACAAACCCGCGGAAUUGAUGAGGAAGAAUAUUCCCUCAAUGAUACAGAUACAGACUUUGAUUACUUAACAAAGUUAAAUUACAGUGAUCCAGAAGCUCGGAAACGAAUUAUAGGUGGAACCAUUUGCCGACGAGGUUUCUGUCCUUGGCAGGUAUUAAUACAUAACAGGAAUGGCUAUGGAUUCUGUGGCGGGACUUUAAUUAACAGUCGUUGGGUUAUAACUGCUGCUCAUUGCUUUGAUACAAUACGGCCACACUCAAUUACAGCAGGUGAAUUUGAUACACUUCGAACAGAGGAAUGGGAGCAAAAGGUUUUAGUGGAGAUGUUUCUGACACACCCUCAAUAUGACCCAGUGUUAUAUGACAAUGAUAUUGCCCUUUUGUAUUUGAAUCAAUCUGUGAAUUUUACUUUUACUGUUGUUCCAAUUUGUCUGCCGAAUCACAACCUGGGCCAGCUCCUCCUGCAACAUGGGAAAGUAGGAAUGGUAAGUGGCUGGGGAGUAACCCGGGAAAAAGGUAGGGCAUCCCGAUUCUUGAAGCGAGUCCAGCUUCCAUAUGUUGAUCAGACGCCUUGCGUAGCAUCAACAAAUUUGACAAUUACAGACAAUAUGUUCUGUGCUGGAUACACAGAUGAGUAUAAGGAUUCCUGUAGAGGGGACAGUGGGGGACCGUAUGCAGUUUUGUAUCGGGAGACGUGGUAUCUGCUUGGCGUGGUUAGUUGGGGUGAAGGCUGUGGCAAAAGAGAAAGAUAUGGGAUAUACACCAGGGUGCCAGGUUACCUAUCAUGGAUACAUAAUUUGUUACAGUUCAGCAACUGAUACACAGUGGAUUUUUAACCAUCACCAUGACAUCAGAAAAAGGAUGAUGUUUGAUAAGUUCUGGUCAAGAAAAAAAGUCAUCGCAACAUGGCAGCAGGUCUCUGAACUAAUAGUUAAAGGAGCAAAUCCAAACUAUUUUCACUGAAAUACAAAUUAACCUACCACAGAAGUUUCAGCCUUAUAUAGCCACCAUCUAUUAAUCCAGCACCUUCAUUAUACAAAAGUCAGAUGAAAUAAGCAACAACUACAAAACAAUGCCAAAUGUCUAAUAAUAUUUCAGUUGUAUUUUUGUCUGUUGGAAUCUUCCACGUCAACUUCCUGUCAUUUCAUUUUUAGGUUAGUCUGCAUUCAAACAAUAGUUCUAACAUUUUGUCAGCUCACAUUUGAACAUUCCAACCUACUGUUGACAUGGUUUGAACCAGGAAGCCAAUGCACAGUAGCCAUUUCGCGUAGUCAGAAGUCCCAGCAAUAAAUUCAAACUUAGUCUCCAAGCACGUGUUCCAAAUGCUUUAGCUACUCCAUUCGCUCCAUGCAGCCGCACCUUAAAUGUUCUUGCAUGGGAUAGCAGUAAGUGACAACCCUCAUCCAAAGCAUCUACUAAAUGGUCUUUAGCAUGUAAUAUAUUGUUAACAAGGUUUAAAAAUACACUCGUUACUGUAAUUAGCUUUCUGACAUAUGUAAAAUCUUACAUAUUUUCAAAUUGUUAAGAUAAUAAACCUGUUAAACAGACACUUAAAAA